AUGAUAGAUCCUUUGGAGAACAACUUGUUUGAUCUUCCUGAUUAUGAGAAUACAGAAGAUGAAACGUUCCCACCUCUUCCACCUCCUGACUCUCCAGGAAGAGAGGAUGUUGAAUGGGCUCAAGCUAAUGGAGAUGGAAACCAGCAGUCACAAACAAAGGAUCCCGCUGUGGCUCCACGGAGAGCGGUUAAGAGACCAAUGCCUAAGCUAGAUGCCCAGAGGUUAAUUUCAGAAAGAGGACUUCCAGCCCUAAGACAUGUGUUUGACAACGUAAAGUUCAAGGGUAAGGGGCAUGAGGCAGAGGACCUGAAGACACUCAUACGCCACAUGGAACACUGGGCUCAUAGACUGUUUCCGAAAUUGCAAUUUGAGGAUUUUAUUGAGAGAGUAGAGUCUUUGGGAAACAAAAAGGAAGUUCAGACCUGCCUAAAGCGGAUUAGACUUGAUCUUCCUAUUUUACAUGAAGAUUUUGCAAGUAAUGAAGAUGGCGGAGGGGAAAGCAACGGACUGGACACAGCCACUGAAGAUGUACAUUCCUGCGCUGGAAACACGGAAGAUCUCAAUUCUCUCUCUGGUGCAACUCUCACAGAAGAGCAACAAGAGCGAAUCAAGAAGAACAGGCAGCUGGCCUUGGAGCGCAGGCAAGCAAAGAUGCAGCAGAACAGCCAGUCACAACACAAUGAGCUCUCCACUGGUUACUCGGAAGAGUUUAAUGCCCCCACUGCUCAGGGGCAUCCUGACCGUAUCGAAGACACUCGGGCUACUACAGAUGGGGAAGAUGGAGAUAGAGAAUUGGAAUGUGCCAGUGAAACCAGUAACCAUUCCCCAGACUUUGAAUGA